CCGUGCUCAGAACGGCUCUCUGGCAAUCUGCCGUGCGUAGACCGCCUGAUUGCCUCGGGCAGAAUCAAGCGUGUCUUGCAGGGCGUCGCUGAGCCGGCUGACUUUGUGGCCUGCACUGGUAGUACGCGGCUUAGGGAUGCCGGUAUUGAAGUGAUUCACAUCCCUGGCUAUGAAGAAGAGGCCCUGGCGAUAGCACGAGGGGAAGCCAAGUAAAGGCCUUGCUAUAGCGCCGUCUUCGCUGUCAAUUUUGAUAAAAAGUUGACAAGACACCACAUAGACAAAGCUCAAGACACAGACUCGAGGGCUGCAUGCUCCGUCCGUGCCAUGUCUGCAGGCAGGUAGGCGCCAUUCGCUCAUUUAUCAAACCUCGGAGACUUGCUACGGCUGCUUCUGUUACGCGGCCCCUCGCAUCGCCACCAAGUAUAGCAGAUGACGCCGCGUUACGACAAGCAUUCGAUAUCCCGCGGCAGGACUGGCGCAGAAACCUCAAGGCCACCAUCGGUCUGACACCGCGUACCGGCCUCUUUCAUAAUGCCUACCUCAAGACGCCCGCAGGCUUCCCGCAAUUUGCAACAGAUGCGCUACACAAGGCACAAUGGCUCGCCAAGGAGAUCUCUGAGCGGCACGCAACACUGACGCCUGUCGCUGUCGUCAAGGCUCUGGACAGGCUGAGCGAUACCCUAUGUGCGGUAUUAGACCUUGCAGAGCUGGUCCGCAAUAGUCAUCCAGAUCCAGCAUUCGUGCAAGGUGCAGAAGAGGCUUACGAUAUCCUGCAUGCAUUUAUGAACGAGAUGAAUACACACACGGGUCUCUUCCAAGCAGUAGCGCAUGUGCUUGAAGAUCCAGACAGGUCAGCACAGCUGGGCGUGCAGGAACGGGCCGUUGCACAAGCACUCUUGGCAGAUUUCCUCAAGAGCGGUAUCCACCUCGACCAACAUGCUCGUGCGCAGUUCGUGACGCUCAGUAGUGACAUUGCGCGUGCUGAGCGACAAGCUUUUAUGGAUCACGCUCCAGCUGCCACUCGGCUUGAGCUACCAGUCUCCAAAGCUCGCGGCUACUGGCCAGCCGUGAAUGGUGGUCUCAUGACACCUGAUGGCCGAUACAUUAAGAUUCCAAUUGGAGGUUGGGAAGCUGAACAAGCAUUACGCUCUCUUGAAUUACCAGAAGCAAGGAAGCAGCUGCUUGCAGCGAUGCAGACGCCACGUCCUGACCAGAUAGCCAACAUGGACUUGCUCUUCAAGCUGCGUGCCCAACUCGCCCAACUCACCGGGAGCAACAGCUUCUCCGACUCCCUGCUCUCCCGACAAAUGGCGAAAAGUGCAGGCAAGGUCGAGGCGUUCCUAAUCAACCUCGGCAACAGAUUACAACCUGCGGCACGGCGCGAGUCGAGACAGUUGCAAAUGCUUAAGCAAAAGCGCACACAGGUGAAGACGCUGCCGAAUUUACAUUUGUGGGAUGAAGAGUACUACGGUGCGGCGCACGUCGAACAACAGACAUUACAAACUGCACCCACGCAUGAUUUGUCGUCUUACUUGUCCGUUGGCACAGUCAUGCAAGGUCUGUCUCGAUUGCUCACACACCUCUAUGGUCUGCGUCUUGUUGCUACAGACUUGCGCCCAGGCGAAGGCUGGCAUCCAGAUGUUCGCCGUCUUGAUGUCUUGUGCGAGAAGCGUGGCUUGAUCGGCGUUCUCUACUGCGACUUGUUUUCCCGUCAAGGCAAACAGCAAGGGCAGGCAGCACAUUUUACCGUCCGUUGUGGUCGUAAGGUGGCAGAACAAGAUUUGCUACCGGGCGAGCUCGAAUUGCCAGAUGGGCGACUUUGCGGGACAUUCGAUGGCAUCACAUAUCAAUUGCCUGUCAUUUCAUUGCAGUGCGACUUUGGAACGCUGAGCUCGACCUCAUUUCCAACAUUGACGCUGGGCGAGGUUUUGACACUCUUCCACGAAAUGGGCCAUGCUGUGCACUCGAUGCUUGGAACAACAGACUUCCAAACGGUCAGCGGAACUCGUGUGGCUGCUGACUUUGUCGAGCUGCCAUCGCAAAUCAUGGAAUCUUUCUGCGAGUCUGCGCACGCCUGGCCACUCUUUGCUCGACACUAUUCCACAGAUGCCCCCGUCCCUGCUGAGCUCAUGCAGCGUGCGAUACGCAAUAAUCAGCACCUGCAUGCAACGCAAGCCUAUCGGCAAUUCUUUCGCGCACUGCUGGAUCAAAAGUAUCAUUCUGCAUUGGCCACCCAGCAAGACUUUUCCUCAACCAGCAUUUUGCGUCAGCUCCAUCGUGACUGGGCACUUUCUGAUCCAGAAGACACAGUCAACGCUUGGCAUGUUCAGUUCACUCAUCUAGCUGGCUAUGGAGGAACGUACUAUGCCUACAUCUUUGACAAGGCUAUUGCUGAUCGUAUAUGGGACCGCAAUUUUGCUCGGGAUCCGCUCUCACGACGCGCUGGUGAGCAAUUUAGCCAGGGACUGCUGGCGCACGGCGGUGCUAAAGAUGCAUGGCAGUGUGUGGCUGAUGUGCUCGAGCAGCCAGAGUUGGCCCUGGGUGGUGAAGAGGCGAUGGCGGAGGUGGGUCGUUGGAUUUCAGCGUAGAUGCAGCGGAUUGAUGAGGUCUACAGUGAAUGUACAAGGCGUAUGUGAACACUUGCCUUGGACAUAGUAUCAGACCUUCAAGCUGCAUCUCACUCGAGCUCUUAGCUUCUUGCGCUGUAUCGCAAAUGCAUGCGGCGCUAGCAUCUGUAUAGACACAAGUUGGUUAUCAUCUUCACAGCGCUCUGACGUGACGGCCAAGCAAGGUGAUCAGCCCUCCAGGAGAUUCACCACUUUUGAGCCUUCUGAGUACCUUCAACAGCUGCGCACUUACUGCUGCGCAUCUUUCUACAGCUGAAGUGGUGUCGGGGUCAGUCAGUAUCCAGAUCUGCCCAGAAAUU